GAUUCUUGCACCAACUCAUUUUUUUUUUAAUUUUCUCUCUCUUGGGCUACAAAUAUUGGAUUCCCCCCUCCUAUUCCUAUACAAACCAUCUCCAUCUUCACCUUACCUCAAAAAGAAUAAAGUCUUCCAACAUUAAAUUUCAUUCACACACUUCUAGUCCUAAUCAAAUUUGACAUUUUUCCCAUCCCCCAAAGAAAAACAGAUCUUCACUUUCCUUCCUCUCUCUCUCUCUCACACACACAAACACCAUCACACGCAUUGUGAUGUUGAAUCCAGCAAAUCAUGUUGCGCCACAGCCUUCAUCUCCCACUAAUUCGUCCCUCUCCUCUUCUGAUCUCGACACUGAGUCAACAGGCUCAUUCUUCCAUGACAGAAGCACCACGCUAGGAACCCUCAUGGGCGUCACCGUCCAAGCCAUAACGUUCCGGGCCACCUCUCAGCACCGCCAGCAGGAGAUCCCCGGCUCCGGCGGCGGCGCCGCCCGGAGAAGCAAGAACAGCCGGGCCGCCGUUGCCCGACAGAGGCGGCGGUGGUGGCGCCUCUGCAGGGACGAAUGCGACUCCAGAAGGGCCUCUCUCGGAGAUUAUUUGGAGGUGGAGAGGAGGUUCGGUGACGGCGGCGGCGCGGCGGAGCUUGAGGAAGGGCUGGUUCAGGAGAUGCAGCCGAGGAAUGGGCGCGCUUUGUUUGCGGAUGGGAUGGUUCUGCCGCCGGCGCAGGUUGUGGAGGAUUUGGAUUCGUCGCCGUCGGCUGCGGCGGGGAUUUGUAGAUUCUCGGCGGUAGAGCGGUGGUGUAAUUUAGUGUAGUUUGUAUGUUUAUUGAGUAGUGACUUUUUUUUUUCUUGCUUUUUCUGUGGUGUUUUGCAGUUUUGCCUCGUUUAUAUUUUUUUAAUUGUUUAUUUCUAAA